AUGAUAGUUACACAGGAGGAUUUGCAAGAGUGGAUUGAGAGUAAGGGGUAUAAUGAGGUUGUUGAGUUUAUAUGUGAGCUUCAGGAGUCAGUAGUUGGCAAGGACAACAGUGCUGGGAGAGAAACGGCGACAACAAGGGUGUUGGAGGAGAUGCUCGAUAGGGUGAAUGAGAUUAUUGAUAGGCACCGAGCUGAGUCUACCGGGAACUCUCGAUUUGGCAAGAUCGAGUUUCGGGACUUCUACAAGGAGUUGGAGGAAAAGAGCCAAGAGUUGGUAGAGGAUGUGAGGGGAAAGAAAGGGGAAGAAGAUGAAGAGGAGGGGAGGAAGAGUGAGACUAGAGAAUUAGCAGUGUAUCUCCAACAUUCAUUUGGCGAUGCUAAUAGGAUCGACUAUGGGUCAGGACAUGAACUAAACUUUAUAUGUUUUCUACUAUGUCUAAAAAAGAUAGGUGUGAUAGAGCGUCAUGAGUAUACUGGGAUAGUUCUUCUUGUAUUCACAAAGUACAUUUCAGUGAUGAGGCGGUUGCAAAAGGAGUACUGGCUUGAGCCUGCAGGGUCACAUGGAGUAUGGGGACUUGAUGAUUAUCAUUUUCUUCCUUUUCUCUUUGGAGCUGCGCAGUUGACGGGACACGAGCAUAUGCGUCCGAAAUCGAUCCACAAUGCCGAGUUGGUUGAGAUGUACCGAGACAAGUAUAUGUAUUUUGAGUGUAUUGAUUUCAUCAAUAGGGUGACGAAGAUGAGUUUGAGGUGGCAUUCACCGAUGUUGGAUGAUAUAUCAGGGGCCAAGAGUUGGCAGAAGAUAAAGGAGGGGAUGGUGAAGAUGUAUAGGAAAGAGGUGUUGGAGAAGCUUCCAAUCAUGCAGCACUUUAUCUUUGGCCAAUUGAUAAAAGAGGAGAGGAAGAACAGAGAUAAUAAGGAUGAGGAUAAGAAGGAUGAGGAUAAGAAGGAUGAGGAUAAGAAGGUUGAUCAGGAUAGCAAACAGAGUGUAGCUCAUCUUCCUCAUCUUCCUUCUCAUGUACAUACAUGGGGAGACUGUUGUGGAAUCCGAAUUCCCAGCGUACUAGCACAGAGUAACACGGAAAGCACAGCAAAGUAA